UGCAUAUAUUUUGAAACCAAUGAUAAAAUAAAGCUAGAAAAUAAACAAAUCUCAGUUUCUCACCGUCCACUUCCUCAUCUCCAGCAGUUCCAACCACUUCUUUUGCUCACUUUUUUUCCCUUGGGAUUCUCCAAGUCAACCUGCAGCCUAACACUACUACUCUAUAUAACGACAGAUCCCUCUCAAUGUAACUGGAAGCUCAAACUUUCUCUUCAAAACAUACAGACAAACCAGUGCAACUGAAAGCUUAAACUUUCCCUUCUCUUUUCUCUUUUCUCUCUGUUUUUUUUAUUGGAGUUAUAUACAGCUGAUGGAUAAUAGUGAUGAAGUUCCAUCAGCUCCUUCGACUCCUGUAACACCAGGGACUCCUGGUGCCCCUCUCUUUGGCGGGUUCAAGCCAGAUCUCAGAAGUAGUGGGAUUGGUAGGAAAUCCCUCCUCAGGAGCUGCAGCAGCUGCUUUACUGUUGAUCCUUGGGCUUUGGAAGAUGGCACAUUGCAGCCUAAAGUUUCCUGUGCACUGCCUUACCCUCCUGUCUCACUUGCACGAAAGGUGGGAGCUGAAUUCUUAGGCACUUUCAUACUAAUAUUUUCUGGGACAGCCACGGCCAUAGUGAACCAAAAGACACAAGGGUCAGAGUCUCUGCUCGGCCUUGCAGCCUCCACCGGUCUCGCUGUCAUGAUUGUCAUUCUCUCGACAGGCCACAUUUCUGGGGCCCAUCUCAACCCCGCAGUCACCAUUGCCUUUGCUGCGCUGAAACACUUCUCGUGGAAACAUGUGCCAGUAUAUGUGGGAGCACAAGUUGCGGCGUCAGUUUGUGCUGCGUUUGCGUUGAAGGCGAUAUUUCAUCCAAUCAUGGGCGGUGGAGUGACAGUUCCUUCAGGGAGUUGGAGCCAGGCUUUUGCCUUGGAAUUCAUGAUUAGUUUCAACCUCAUGUUUGUUGUUACUGCUGUCGCCACCGACACUAGAGCAGUUGGAGAGUUGGCGGGAAUCGCGGUGGGAGCAACUGUCAUGCUUAACAUACUCAUAGCUGGACACGAGGAGAUACACACAUCGGGAUCCCUGUUUAUUCACAACGAGGAAACAACAGGAGCUUCAAUGAACCCAGUGAGAACGUUAGGGCCAGCCAUAGCUGCAAAAAAUUACAAAGCCAUAUGGGUCUACCUCACUGCACCAUUUCUUGGGGCGCUCUUUGGGGCUGGAACCUAUACGGCUGUCAAGCUGCCUGAAGAUGGUGAUGGUAUUGAAAAGCCUUCACCAAGGAGCUUCAGAAGAUGACUGAUCGACAUUCUCAUCAGGCCUGCAUCAAUCAUCCAGAAGCUCGGAUAAGGACAUAAUGCAGAUGGUGUCGCAAAGGGAAGUGGGAGAAAGUACAGUUGCAUGAUGAUCUCUGGCGGGUACAUACAUAUAUAGUACAAAUGAAAUAGUCUGUAUCGAUAAUUUGCCAAGACACGCAUUCUCUCCCGUCCCACUCCAACAAAUAAGAAAUUUAAAAAGUACAAGAGUAUAAAUAUGAGAAUUGACCCCCUUUUUUGGUAAAAUGGGGGCAUAUGAGAUUGACAUAUUGUGGUCCUUUCUUAAUAUAUAAGGUUUGCGAAAAAAGAGCUUUCGAGGAGUUCAAGCAUGUUACUUUCAA